AUAGAUGUUAUGGAAGAAGUGAAAUGUUUACAUUCUGAUUAUGGUCAUGUUUAUGGUGGUUUAGUCAAUGGAAUGCUAGAAGUUAUAUCACUGCAGAAUAAUAAAAAGAUAGACACCUAUCAAAGUGAUGAUCAGUGUAUUCACUGUAUAACAUCAGCUAGAGAAGGAGGUUUUAAAUUACUCUGUGUCUCAUCACAAGAUGCUACUAUUACUAUUUAUGAUGCAUUUAGUGGGUUACCAGUCCGUGUUUUAGAAGGUCACACCAAAACAGCCUUUAGUGUACAGGUAUGUGUCAACAUGAAUAAAGUUUACAGUGGAUCUGGUGAUAAAACAGUCAUGGUUCAUGAUUUACAUACAGGGGAAUUAGAACAUGUAUAUAAAGAUUAUAAAGGAAUGGUGACCAGUGUAUUUAUAGAUAGAAGUUAUUUAUAUUCAGCAAGUUAUGAUAGAUUAAUACGCUGUUAUGAUGUAGAGAGCCAGUCGUUGAAGUGUAUGUAUUACGGAGCAGGACAAAGAGUUGUCUCCUCUAUUGUCGUUCAUGACAGAAAGCUAUAUACUGGUAAUCGUGAUGGAGAGAUAUUUGUUAUAUCUUUAGAUUCGAAACAAGUCUGGCCCUGUCAGAGUGAUAACUGUAAACAUGUAUUUGGUAUUCGACAUCAUCUGUUAUAUCAUUUAUUAAACGAUCAUACAGUUCAGAAUAGUUUUAUGACUAAAUGUACCUGGAGAGGUUGUAAACAAUGGUUUUAUACUCAGAAAGAUUCAAAG